GCAGGAAAUCACUCAACUUUCUGUGCCUUGUGGAAGUGUGAUACAGAAGAAGAGAAAAACACGUCGAAGGCAUUUGGGCUAAAAGCUACAGCGUCGCUGUGAAAAACUGGCUGUUUGUCGCUGACAUUAAGUCAUUGUAUCUGGGAAAUGUAAUGUAUAUAGCUGUCGGGCUCCUCUACUGGACCUAUGAGCAGAAAAGAGCGGCUUAUUGAUCAGCUCCGAGCUAUGUGAGGAAGUGCAGAAGCUCGCACUGGCAGCUUCCCCAGCGGCGUUCACCACGGCGGGAAACAUCAAACCUACCGUGUGCAGGGUGGUCAUCUACCUCCAGAGGGACAUGUCGGGAGAGAGCUGCCUGCACCCGCUACGGCCUCAGGCCAACCCCGUCCUCUCCAUCACUUCAACCGAAUGUCCCAAGAUUAAGAGCUGCAGCCAGCGAGGCACGGCGGGAAGCAAAUAUGUCCGCCUUAACGUGGGAGGAGCGCUCUACUAUUCCACUGUGCAAGUGCUUACGCGACAGGACACACUGCUCAAGUCCAUGUUUAGCGGCAAGAUGGAGGUCUUCACCGACAAGGAAGGUUGGAUUUUGAUAGACCGCUGUGGGAAACACUUCGGUUCGAUUCUCAGUUACUUGCGGGAUGGAAGUGUAACUUUGCCCAAGAGCAGGCAGGCUGUCAUGGAGCUUUUCACUGAGGCAAAGUAUUAUCAGAUCCAGGGGCUGGUGGACUUGUGUCAACGUGCGCUUCAGGAUAAUAUGCAGAAAGCUGUGUGCGUUAUCCCGGUCAUCACAUCUCAGAAGGAAGAGGAGAGGCUGAUACAGGGCUGUACAAGGCCUGCAGUAAAGCUACUCUACAAUCGAGGCAACAACAAAUAUUCCUACACCAGCAACUCUGAUGACAACUUGCUCAAGAACAUUGAACUGUUUGAGAAGUUGUCGCUGAGCUACAAUGGACGUGUGCUGUUCAUUAAGGAUGUAAUCGGCGAUGAGAUCUGUUGCUGGUCCUUCUACGGGCAGGGCCGCAAAUUAGCAGAAGUUUGCUGCACAUCCAUUGUCUAUGCUACUGAGAAAAAGCAGACCAAGGUGGAGUUUCCCGAGGCUCGUAUCUAUGAAGAGACACUAAACGCUCUGCUUUAUGAGACACUCCCAGUUCCUGACAACUCUCUCCUGGAGGCCACGCGCAGGCGAGCUCACUGCUGCUCACACAGCGAGGAGGAUGAGAGCGUGGAGCUGAGAGAGCGAGUACGGCGCAUACACAUUAAGAGAUACAGCACCUACGACGACAGACCACUGGGACAUUAGCUGAGAACUGAAAGUCUUCUCUGCUAAAGGGCGAAAGCUUGCACAGUCUACUGAAAGCUCACGUACACACGUUUGGGACACAUUGUUGAGUGUGAGCAAAAAUGAUGACACUAUAAUCAGACCACCCUGUGAGCCAUGAAUUAGCACAUUGGGGUGUCGUGUAAGUCCGUCUAAGUCAGAUACUGAUAAACAAAUCAUUUUGACUGGUACUUAUUUUGGGGGGAAAUGCACACUUGCCAGUUUUCUGGUGACGUAUACUUAAGUGUACUGAACAGCAUGAAAGUGUGAGCUUUCGCCCACAGACGAAAAUUCUGUGAAAAAUAUCACACUACAGACAACUCUCUUCUCUCUUCUUGACAGUAUUUAACCACUGUUUUAACUCUGCCAUAUCACAAUGAUAAAUCCUGACAAUCUGGUCAAAAAAACUGUCAUAUUCCUUCUGCUCAGUUGUGUAGUGAAAAAGAACCAGCACCUUUGUAGGAUGAUAGUGUUUUUAACCUCCUUUAAAAAUGUUUUUUAGCUUUUUUUUUUUCUUUUCUUUUCCCAAAGCUCUGUAUAGACACUAGAAUUGAACUGACUGAUAUACCACUUCUUGAAUAACCAGCGUUGGUUUUUAAAAACCUAAUCCUAUAAUGUGAACACAAAUAGCAAUGUUUGCUGGUGUUUUUAAAAUUUUAUUUAUUUAUCUAUCUCAGAAUUGUAAUACUGGCAACUUUUUUUUUUCUUUGAUUGAAACACGAUGCAAACUAAUUGAGAACAUAGCAAUGAUGAACAUAAAUUUACUGCACCUUGUCUCUUUUUCUCUUCAUUGAUAUUUUUGGAUGCCUUAGUGCCACUCAUGCCUUCCUGUGUAUCAAGUAAACAGCUGUGAGCCUAAGGUCGAAAUAAGUUCUGAUAUGAGAUCUAAUCAUGUGAUGGAGAAAUCGGUGAAAAUUGGAUACAGAAUGUGCUUUUGGAGUUCACUAAUUAUAUAUUUGUGAUUCUUGAUAAAUGAUGUAUUUUGUUAAAUCUGUAGGUUUAUUUUAUCAAGCCUUUCAUACUCUUUAUAAAAGAUUUUAUUUAAA